AGUGCAGGGCGAUAAAACCCCGGCUCCCCCCGCCGCAGCCCCCUCCAGGGCGGGGGGAGCCGAGCGGCUCGGUGCAGCACUUCCCUGUCUGGAUACGAUGCAGAGAAGUGGAGGACAGGUGGGAAAAAUCCGGCGGGGCGUACACUUCACAUAAAAAAGCGUUUAACUCCAGAUCAGCGCUCAGCUUCCAGACUGAACCCUCCGGUGGCAGCCCCUCUCCCUGCUCAGAGACCCCCGUUCUCCUCCGAGCUCUGCCCUAACUUUCAUCCCCUCGCCCUCGCCCGACGGGACCCAGCGAGGCUGCGGCCGCGAGAAGCUCCCGGGAAUCCUGGCCGGCUCCCAAGAAGCUCAGCUCACUUUCCAGUGAACAGGGUGUAAUAACACACAGCAAAUAGAGCAAGCCAGAGCUGCACAGCCGGGGAGGGUUCAGGACUUCAAACGAGAGGCUAGGAGACAGGACCGCUGGAGAAAAAAAUUAAGCAGCGACGUUUCUAACAGCAAGGUGACAUUUCUGGGGGUCAUGGAAAAUCAGAUUACUCAGCGAGUAGGAAAAUGCGGAGCCACUCAAAGGCAUAGUGUCAAGGAAACCUGUCUGCCUGAAAACUUCACCCCGGUGAAGCAGAAGCCCUCCAAGGAGCUGAAGCCCAUGCUCGGGGCCAUCGUGCUCGGCCUCAUCCUCUUCAUUGCUGCCGUGGUGGCCUGGUGCUACUACACAGUGUCCCUGCGGAAGGCAGAGCGACUGAAGACGGAGCUGAUGGACCUGCGUGCGGACGGGUUUGUCAUCAAGAACCAGAACGGAGAGGUGGUUUUCCGCCUGGCCUUCCGGUCGGGGAGCCUCGACCUGGAGUCGUGCUCCAAGGAGGGAGAGAUUUUGAGCUGCACACGGUCGGACAGGGGGCCGCUGAACUUCUUCAUCCAGACGGUGAAGCCCAAGGACACGGUGAUGUGCUACCGCGUGCGCUGGGAGGAGUUUGCGGCCGGCCCGGCGGUGGAGCACACCAUGUUCUGGGAGGACGCCCACUGGUACGGGGGCUCGGAGAUGAGCACCCAGCACUGGCCCAUCCGCCUCGCGGGCUACCAGGAGCCCGUGCCCUACGUGACGAGCGACGUCUACUCCUUCCGGGACAGCUUUGGGGGCAUCCUGGAGCGCUACUGGCUCUCGUCCAAAGCGGCGGCCAUCAAGAUCAAUGACUCCGUACCCUUCCACCUGGGCUUCAACGCCACAGAGCGCACCCUCUUCUUCCAGGCCCGCUACAAGGAUUCGCCCUACAAGCCCCCGCCGGGGCAGCAGCCUUUCCCCGAGCUGAGCUACCGCGUGUGCGUGGGCUCGGAUGUCACCUCCAUCCACAAGUACAUGGUGCGCCGGUACUUCAAUAAGCCCUCCAAGAUCCCUUCCGAAAAUGCCUUUCGCUACCCCAUCUGGUCCACCUGGGCCCUAUACAAAAAAGAUAUUGACCAGGAUAAACUCUUGAGAUUUGCAGAAAAGAUUAAGAAGUACCGUUUUAACUGCAGUCACAUUGAAAUCGAUGACACGUACACACAAGCAUACGGGGACUUUGACUUUGACCCCAUCAAGUUCCCCAAUGUGACCGAGAUGUUCACAAAACUGAGGGAGGAUGGCUUUAAGGUGACCCUGUGGACUCAUCCCUUCAUACAUACAGAUUCCUCCAAUUUUGGGGUGGGGAUCGAGCGCCAGCUGUUCAUCAAGGAACCAUCGGGACGGCUACCAGCCAUGGUGGAGUGGUGGAACGGCAUUGGGGCCAUCCUGGACUUCACCAACCCGGCGGCCCGGGACUGGUUCCAGAGCCACCUGCGGCAGCUCCGCCACAAGUACGGCAUCUCGUCCUUCAAGUUUGAUGCCGGCGAGACUAGCUACCUACCCAAGCAGUUCAGCACCUUCCGGCCGCUGUCGGACCCCAGCAUCUGGUCGAGGCGCUACACGGAGAUGGCCAUCCCCUUCUACGAGCUGGCCGAGGUGCGGGUGGGCUACCAGUCGCAGAACAUCUCCUGCUUCUUCCGCAUCAUUGACCGCGACUCCGUAUGGGGCUACGAGCUCGGCCUCAAGUCCCUCAUCCCCACGGUGCUCACCAUUAGCAUGCUGGGUUACCCUUUCAUACUGCCAGAUAUGACUGGAGGAAAUUUCCUCCCCAACAAGACGGAGGGUGCAGUGGAGAUCCCAGACCGGGAGCUCUACAUCCGGUGGCUGGAGCUGUCAGCCUUCAUGCCCUCCAUGCAGUUCUCCAUCCCGCCCUGGCUCUACGACAAGGAGGUGGUGGAGAUUGCGCAGAAGUUCACGGAGCUGCACGAGUCGCUGGUGGCCCCGCUGCUGCUGGAGCUGGCCGGGGAGGUCACGGACACGGGCGACCCCAUCAUCCGGCCCAUUUGGUGGAUCUCUCCCCGCGACGAGGCCGCUCACAAAAUCGACUCCCAGUUCCUCAUCGGGGACACCCUCAUGGUGGCCCCCGUGCUGGAGAUGGGCAAGCAGGAGCGCGACGUCUACCUGCCGGCGGGCAAAUGGCGCAGCUACAAAGGGGAGCUGUUUGAGAAGACGCCGGUGCUGCUCACAGACUAUCCCGUUGACCUGGACGAAGUUGCCUAUUUCCUCUGGGUUUCAUAACAGACUCCUCCACCAGCUUUUCAAUAGGCUCUGGAAUUUAUGAACAAAAAUAUUUAAUGAACUGGGAAUUUUGGUAGCUUUAAAAGUAAGAAUACCUUAGUAUCAUCAGAUUAGAAGUAGUCAUUGUGACCUCUGUUUUGUGUGACAAUACCUGAAGAACAACUCAAUCAUUAAAAUAUAUUGGAUGGACAUCUUGGCCAUGGCGGUACGAUAAAUACAACACGUAGAAA